UUUCAGGCAAGAAAGAUGCAUUGCAAGAUAUUUUUUGGAAGAUUUCUGUUCUUCGUCAUCUUUUUCGACUGCGCUUCCUUGAAAGAUUCUCUAUUCGUUGACAUUCAAAACUCAAGUGGAACCAUAUCAAGCCCCAACUAUCCAGGACAAUAUCCCAAAAAUACCGAAGUCACGUGGAAAAUAACCAUCCCAAAUGGCACUAAAAUGGCUUUCUGGAUAAAUGACAUGGACAUCAAAAGUUACUUCAAUUGCUUCAUAGACUGGAUACGAGUAUAUGAUGGUCCACUCGUUACUAGUCUCCAGAUAGCGCACUUGUGUGGUACGUCCAAAGGGUUCCCAAUCCUGUCUAGUGGUAAAAGACUCGUUGURAAGUUCCAUUCAUCUAAUUCACAGAAAACUGGUUACAGAGGGUUUUCUGCGUCCUUUUCAWCAGCAAAACCGGGAAAACCUUGUUUUCCAUACUCUGGAGUAACCCUCACACAUCCUGAAGGAAAUAUCUCAUCACCAGGCUAUCCGCAGCCAUACCCGUCAUACACCGCGUGCCGAUGGGAUAUAAUAGGAAAAGAAGACCAUAAUAUUCAGCUGACGAUCAUCGAUACACAUAUCAAGACUGUGAUACGAUACUCUGAUAAAGAUUAUGUAUCCGUGAGGGAUGGAUUGGACAAGAACGAUAAAGAGUUAAUGCGGAUCUCCAGAACUAUUUCCAAACCAAUACUAGUGAUAUCAAAUGGAAGAAUAAUGUCUGUCACGUUUAUGAGCCGUCACAAUGACAGCCCRAACUUUUACCGAGGAUUUCAUGCUACUUAUAAGACUCUAUCAGUCAUUUGUGGUCAUUUCUCUAUCAAGAACCAGGCUUCCACACGAGGUUACUUUCACAGCACCAACUUUCCYAACCAAUACCCCCCAAACCACCUCUGUUUUUGGCGAUUCGAUGCUCCUCACGRCCACUUCGUUCGUCUUUUAUUUUUGACAUUUGAAACUGAACGCUUUUAUGAUAAGGUAACGAUCUAUGAUGGUAACACGACAAACAAUGAUAUGUUGGCCACCCUAAGUGGUUCUCAUGAUGAGUAUUUGGUCGAAUCGACUGGAGWAAGUUUAAUGGUACAGUUUAAAGCAGAUAGAGUAACGCAACUCAGAGGAUUCAAUGCCAGCUACCAGCUUUUACUAGACAAACGCUGCAAGAGAGGAGAUGUGAUAACCGUGAACAAGUCCUCCGGGUCUUUCCAUAUCUCGAACCAUCCAUUUCGUUACCCGGCCAAUUCUCUCUGCACCUGGAAUAUCACAGCACCGACAGGGUAUAGAAUAAACCUGACGUUGAGUACAAUGGACAUCGACCCCAGCCAACACUGUACAUCUGAUUUCAUGGAGAUACGUGAUGGGAAAACAAAGGGAAGCCCUCUCCUUGGAAAAUACUGUGGUAACAGCAGUGAUGUUCCGUUACCUGUCAUAUCUAGUGGUCCACACAUGUUGGUUAUUUUUACCUCUGAUGAUCUCAAUAAAGCUACAGGAUUCGUCGCUCAUUAUUCMAUGAUUCCUGCUCAGAACGAGUCUUCCAAGGUCAYCUGCUCUUUUGACCAUGGCYUGUGUGGUUGGCAGAGGUCAGGAUYAGUAUCAUCAUACUCCUGGGCUUUGUACAGCGGUAACUCAUAUAUGAGGUCCGACAACAGACCUUCAUCUCACCGUUCACCGGCAAAAGGAAGAUAUACCUACAUCAUUCAUGAAGGCACCGAUCACAGCAAAUCUUCAACUCUCAUCUUCUCUCCUUUUUCUGGGUCAAAGUGCAUUUCCUUCCAUUACAUCUUGCUUGGUGUUGACCAGACAGAAUUGAUACUAAGUGUCGGAGACAAGCAAGUCUACAAAAUGAAUGGUAACCAAGGCAACGAGUGGAAGAAAGCACUCAUCAACGUCACAGGACUGACUGGCGGGCUAUCUUUUAACGGUACUGUAUACCAUAAAGAGUCGUUUGUUGCCAUCGAUGAUGUUAAUGAAUCUGACAAUUGUAACGUGACGUCAUGUCAAGUAUUAGAAGCACCAGCCAAUAGCAGCAUGACCUGCACAUCUGUCAAUCAUAUUGGUAGCACUUGUACAUUUACAUGCUACCGUGGUUAUAUUUUGGAAGGACCUUCUUCUCGAUCUUGUCUCUAUGGGACAUGGACGAAAUGGCAGCCAUUUUGUUUGAAGGUACGUCUUGCAGAUGGUUCAUCACCAUUACAAGGYCGUGUAGAGAUCUCACAUAAAGGAGUCUGGGGCACAGUGUGUGGACAAACAUGGACCUUAAAAGAAGCUCGUGUUAUUUGUAGAAUGCUAGGUUUAUCUGACGCCUUUGCAGCCAUAAAACAUUCAUUCUUCGGUCAUGGGACAGGACAAAUAUGGCUGGCAGGAGUCCAGUGUACUGGGCUAGAGCGAUCAGUGACCGAGUGUAAACACGUGGACUGGGGAGAGGCAUCGAGCUGUACUCAUAACGAUGACGUAGGAGUCAUCUGUGGACGACCUGCCUUAUCCAUUCGUCUAGCUGAUGGCCAUUUCUCCAACCAAGGUCGCGUUGAAGUUGCUGUAAAUGGUUUAUGGGGGCAAGUCUGUGAUGAUUCAUUCGGUAUCGAAGAAGCUAUCGUUGCUUGUCGUAUGCUUGGUUUGCCUCCCCCUUAUACACUUGAGUCAAGCACUGUUUACCUUAAAGGAAGCAAGUAUGGGGAGGAUGGUAAACCAGUUUGGCUGUCAAGUAUUCGAUGCACUGGAAGAGAACUUGAUCUUCUGGCUUGUCAACAUGAGUUGGGAUAUGGUGAAUCGUUAUAUUGUAGAGGAUUAUGGCGAAGAGCAGGUCUGAUUUGUGGCGACACUCAAGUUUGUAAGUACGACAGACCUAACAUCAUGAACGCUAGCAGUGGCUCUAUAAUGACCGCCUAUUAUCCAGUCCCUGUAUCCGUGAUUACGUCACUUUAUAAMUGUAACUGGCUGAUCAAGGCCCAGGCGGGUAGUCACGUGAUCAUGACUGUAAUGAACGUCCAGUAUAGUCAGUAUGGUAGGAUACAGUUUCGGGAUGGUUACACCAUGCAAAGCCCUUUACUCGCUGAACUGUGGCAGUAUAAGUACAAAGAUGCCACAAGAACUCCACUCAUCAUCAGGUCUACCGGUCGUUACAUGUUAGUCUGGGAUAGAACCAUCAAUACAGGAUUUCACGCUAUUUACAGAACUGAAAAAAAUGGUUUUAGAUCUAGCUGUUCUCCUUUAAAAAUCCCUGUCAACGGUAACAUGACGUGUUCAUCCGGGAACCUCACUGGUAGCGUGUGUUCAUUUACGUGCAAUCGUGAAGGAGCCUUGAGUGGCCCUGCUAAUGUAACAUGUGGUGUUGAUGGACAGUGAAGUGACGACAGGCCGUUCUGUGUUGAUGUCAAAUUACUAAACGGUGAAAAACCAAACAUCGGAGAGAUAUAUAUUUCUAUUGAUGGCACCUGGRCAAAAAUCUGCCAUUACAAACCCUCUAAUACGCAUGUGUGGGGGUCAAGAGAAACCAACGUCGU